AUAUAAACAAACAAGAAAAUGGCUAGAAUUGGAGCUUUGAUUCUAGUUUUAUUCAUCUCCUUCUCUCAGCUUCCUUCGUUUUCAACUGCUAGGAAAUUUCCGGUUGGAUUUCCGUCGGUAAUUGAUGGCGUCAUCUUCCCCGGGGAGAUCUCUGUUGUCUCCAAGACGGUGGUAGGGUGCGAAGGCGAAGAUGAUCACUUCACGGCGUCUUAUGUCACCGGAAAAUUUGGGUCGUUGGUGUUGAACGCUCUUCCCAAAGGGUCAGUUCCGGCGUCUGGACCCAGCAAGAGAAUCAACGACGUCAAGACUUAACAAAACUACUAUCUUUGUCACUCGGUUGACUAAAAGUCACGAAUGACAAUUUUUUAGUUACCAUUAUUCUUUUUGUUUUAAGAAAUUUAGAAUUUUGUA